CAUUGUGACCAAUAAUCUGCACCACUCCUUGUACUAACUAACUGCCUUGUUGUAGAGAUUAGAGUGUAACCCCCGUAGUGGCCUCAUGAGUCCUGAGAUGGGAGUGAAACUCCCCUUGUCCAGACGGCCAGCGUCCACCGUGUAAUCGGACUAAUCUGCUUACAGGCCUGGCUGCUGACUACUCAUUAAAAGUCCACUCUCUGAGACCUGUUCACAGCCACACACUGAGCAACCCCGACGUGUAUUGUAAGGUGCCUGGGCGGAGAGCACUACAGACAUGAGCACAGCACAGGAGGAUGAGGCGUAUCCCAGGAAAAUACUGGACUACAUGGAGGGCUUCUUGGUAUCCAAAACUCUGUUUGCUGCGUGUGAGCUGGGAGUGUUUGACCACUUGGAGGCGUCAGAGCGCCCCCUGUCUGCAGCAGAGGUGGCCCAGACCCUGGGCACCAGCGAGGAUGGAACACAGCGGCUGCUCUCGGCUUGUGCUGGCCUGGAGCUUUUGAUUGUCCAGCAGUGCAAUGACCAGGUUGUUUACAGCAACACUGGUUUAUCCAGUAGAUACCUGACGCGGACAGGCCCGCAGUCCCUCUACCACUCCAUCCAGUACAACUCCAAGACCAUCUACCUCUGCUGGCACUAUCUGACUGACGCAGUGAGGGAAGGACGUAACCAAUACGAGAAGGCAUUUGGUGUCAGCUCUAAAGACCUCUUUGAAGCGCUGUACAGGUCGGAUGAGGAGAUGACGAAAUUCAUGCACCUGAUGAACUCUGUAUGGAACAUAUGCGGCAGAGAUGUGGUCACGGCAUUCGAUCUCUCCCCUUUCAAGACCAUCUAUGACCUUGGAGGCUGCAGUGGUGCAUUAGCCAAACAGUGCACUCUGGCGUACCCAGGAUCCACCGUGACCAUCUUUGACCUUCCUAAGGUGGUGCAGAUGUCAAGGGAGCACUUUGUGUCAGCCGAGGACAAGAGGAUUUCAUUCCAUGAAGGGGACUUUUUUAAGGACGCGCUGCCUGAAGCCGACCUCUACAUCCUGGCCAGGAUACUGCAUGACUGGACAGAUGAGCGCAGCUUGGAGCUACUGGCCAAAGUCUACCAGUCCUGCAGACCCGGUGGAGGUGUGCUGCUGGUGGAGGCUCUGCUGCAUGAGGACGGUAGUGGGCCGCUGACGGCGCAGCUCUACUCCCUCAACAUGCUGGUACAGACGGAGGGCCGAGAGCGCCGCGCCUCUGAGUACGCCCGCCUCCUCACCGCCACCGGCUUCACCAGCGUCCAGGUGCAGCGCACGGGCAAGAUCUACGACGUCAUAUUAGCCAGGAAAUAGGGAGGUGGGCACCCAGCCUCCACCUCCCCUCUACACACACACACACACACACACUGUUCUCCACACACUUCCUCUCCCCUUUCCACUUCAUUCACUAGCAACCUCUCUCCGAACUCUGUGAUCCAUAAUUCAUGAGUUAUAUUGAAUCUUCAAAUCUUUCCAUUUGAUAAGUUCAAGUUACAAUUAGUCAUCUUCAUCUAAACAUAAAAGGCAUCAUUUUUACAUAAUCUGUAGUGUCUCCAAGGUCACCCUGAGAAAGAUAAUUGACCAGAUCAUUUGGUUUCACAGUUUUUCAUCAUGUAUUAUCAACAAGGAAAGAAAUGUAUGUAGAAAUGUGGAUGUUAACAGACAUUAUAUUAUCUGGGAAUUCCUUUGUAGGAGAUUCAGUUUCAAAUUCCCAAAAUUAAUGUGCAGGACAAAAGAAGGAGAGACAGCAAAGCAGCGUUGUCAGCAUAAGACAAGAUAGCUGAUUGGCUCCCAUCCUCCCUGCCCCACUGUCACAGUAGCUCUGGUGCACUGCAAACCUUUCCAUUUGGAGCCACUGCAAGUCUUUGGGGAGAACCCUAAUAAAGCAACAGACAAGAUGUUUGAAUCAUUUCUAUGCUAAUGAUCUGGAUUCCCAUUAAUUUGCACUUGCUUAAGUCUCUGUUCAUUUCUGUUAUCUUAUGGCUGAAACCUCACUAGUCAACUGAAUGUUGAACUCUGCUGUAAAUUAGUUUUUGUAAUAUCAAAUGCAUUAAAGACACAUAGAGGCCAAGUCUCUGUUAAAUAUUCCAUAUCCUUUUUUGGUGUAUUGUAAGCAUGUAUUUAGAGACAAAAUACAAGAACAGUGCUUAAAACAAAUAGAUACGUAGUAUUAAACGAUAGUGUUUCCAUAAGGUUGUCUAUGUCUUUUGACAAUUUGUCAUGUGUAGUGUUAUUGCAUUGUAUGAAAUCUAUUGUUAUAUUUGAGCACUAUACACAAAAAUGACUUGGAUUUCUUUUUGCAAAUAAAUAUUUUCUAUUAUGUCA